AUGGCCGCUGUACAUGCUGGCCCCGGCCCUGCUAUAGCAAUGCACCAUGCGGCCUUCAUUUCGCCCCUGCAGCCUGUACUCACAAUCCUCGCCCUCAGAUCACAGCUCGCACCCGUCGCGGCCCUAUCGGACGCGUCACUCACCCAUUCUCCCACAGUUUUGCCGCGUGCUGUGUGUGUCCAAUUCACCGCCGCUAGUCGACCGUUUGAGCAGUUGCACCACUCCGCCGCCCCGCCCUCUGCUCCGCCAUUGGCCGCCGCUGCCGGUGAGGGCAGAAAAACACUCGCUCCCAACGUCGCGUACGGCGACUGGCCGAUGCACGCCCGCAUCCACCAACCGCCAUGUACCGCACUCGAGAUCGGCCACGCGAUGCUCGUCACGGCAAUGCCUCUCGGGAGCAGCGUCAUGGGCGGCCUGGUCCAAUCGCCGCUGAUCGGCCCUGGGACGUUGCAUCUCGCUCCCUCUGCGGAACCAUGA